CUCAGUCCCAGCCCCGCCGCCAUCUUGUUUCACCGCCACUUUGCGCUCGCUCCGUCUGUCACAUCCCCGCCCCCCCUUCCUCGUUGCGCCCGGGAGCGCGCGGGCUGCGGUUGACGCACUAGCACUUGCACCCGCCACCGGAACGUAGCGGAAGCCACGGACUCUUGAUUAGCUUGCUUCCAAAAUGUCCACAGAUGGGGGCUUUGGCUCAGGAGGCAACAGUGAUGCCCAGCAAUGCCUUCAGUCUUUUUGGCCUCGGGUCAUGGAGGAGAUUCGAAAUCUUACAGUGAAAGAUUUCAGAGUUCAGGAACUUCCAUUGGCACGCAUAAAGAAGAUCAUGAAACUAGAUGAAGAUGUAAAGAUGAUCAGUGCAGAGGCGCCUGUUCUGUUUGCCAAGGCUGCUCAGAUAUUCAUCACAGAACUGACACUACGGGCCUGGAUACACACAGAGGACAACAAGCGCAGGACCCUGCAGAGAAACGACAUUGCCAUGGCCAUCACUAAGUUUGAUCAGUUUGACUUUCUCAUUGACAUUGUUCCGAGGGAUGAACUUAAACCUCCCAAACGCCAGGAGGAGGUGCGCCAGGCUGUGACCCCGGCAGAGCCUGUCCAAUACUACUUCACACUUGCUCAGCAGCCUGCAGCUGUCCAGGUGCAGGGGCAGCAGCAAGGGCAACAGACGACCACGUCCACCACGACCAUCCAGCCAGGGCAGAUCAUCAUAGCACAGCCUCAGCAAGGGCAGACCACCCCUGUGACUAUGCAAGUCGGAGAAGGGCAGCAGGUUCAGAUUGUGCAGGCUCAGCCACAGGGGCAGGCUCAGCCAGCACAGAGUGGGACUGGGCAGACCAUGCAGGUCAUGCAACAGAUCAUCACCAAUACUGGAGAAAUUCAGCAAAUACCGGUACAUCUCAACGCCGGUCAGCUGCAGUAUAUCCGCUUAACUCAGCCCGUUUCUGGUGCCCAGGUGGUCCAGGGCCAAAUCCAGACACUUGCAGCCAACACACAACAGAUUGCACAGACAGAGGUUCAGCAGGGACAGCAACAAUUCGGCCAGUUUACAGACGGACAGCUCUACCAGAUCCAGCAGGUGACCAUGCCUGCCGGCCAGGACAUCACCCAACCCAUGUUCAUCCAGUCCACAAAUCAGACAACAGAUGGACAGGCCGCACAAGUUACAGGAGAGUGAGUUGGUCCAGCAAGAGGGCUGCGGGAUGUUAUGGAAGUUACACCAUCUUGAUUGAUGUACUGCCAACCAGAGGCCCUCUUCAGCUCUUCUCCAUCCCUUCCCCAAUAUAUAUCUGCAUUUGAUAUAAACCUGCAAAGGGCAGCAAUCUACGUUGUAUUAUAUGAACUCCUUCAAUCUGGUGGGAGGCAAGGAAACCCCACAAACUGACAAUGUUGCAAUAUUUUUCUUUUUUUUCUUUUUUUAAAAGAAAAUGGCAAAUUCUACAUUGCUCAGCAAUUCUGCUUUGUAUAUAACUGGUGAAUUUUUAUAGGGCUCUGUCAAAAGCAGUGUAUCUGUUUCCCUGUUUCUUCAUUGGUGCAGCAUCUUUUCCUUGUCCCUCCCACAUCCCUGUCCAGUAAACUUCAUCUUCCAGGACUUUCAACCUUGGAACAACCUUGCGUUUGCUGCAUAAGCUGGACAUAUCCCCAUCUUCAUAUUUCAGUCGGGAAGUGUGGGUGUAUGCGUGUGAAAGGUUUAUCUCUUUUUAAUGUCCCCAAUCUAAGUAUUGUUAACUUCAGCUUCUGAGGGAGGGGGCAGGGAGGGGAGUAAACCAGCCCCAGCAAUUCUGUAUUAAACCUGUUUUUGAAGGCGGCUUUCCCCAACGUAUGGCGCCCUCCAGAUGUUCUGGACUACAACUGGCUGGGGCAUUCGGGGUGGGGAAUCACGUUGGGGAAAGCUGCCCCUAAGGCUUUAAUAUUGGCCUUGAACUAUUUUUUGAAAUACUUUCAGUUUGGAUGCACAGAUAUGAGUUAUUGGUUAACUGUAUGAAGUCUCGGUCAAUGCAUGUGUAUAAUACAGCUGCAUGAAAUGCAAUAAACUUGUUUUCUAUGAUA